CUCCCCAGCAGCCAAAUGCCACAAACAGACCAAUCUGAUGUCGCUCAAGUCGACCACAACGUACCUCGCAACAUUUCCCGAUCUCCUCCGCGACUCGAGAUGGACCGCGAUGCUAGACAAAGGCUGCGCGCACGACCGUGGUAUAUCAGAUCGCUCUCCAUAUACGCGCCUUCUACUGGCACGCGGCACUCUGUGUCGCGUGCUGGCAGGGUUACGCUCAUAGAGUGUGGCUUGUCUGCCGAUGGUACACGAGCACGCUCACACCUGGGAGAACGAUGUCCCUCAUAUUAUGCAACCUUUGCUACUUGCUGUUCUAGUUCUUUGGUUGGAUGUGGGCGAACUGGGAUGCGAACAAGCUGAAGGUUCGCUGGGCAGGCGUGCUCCUCGUGUUUCUCUGGAUUGUAUACGGUAUCCCGCCAUGGCAUGUGGCAGAUGCGUUGAUUCGACUUAUCUGUAAAAUAGUGGAAGUGUCGUCUCGGUUGAGAGAGUACGAACGCAGGACCUUGUUUUCCUUGAGAUGGACUACUUUCCCUUCUUCCCCUACAUGUCCUAACCUUCAGAACACUUCUACGAUCCUGCUGUAAAAGAUAGUCAGAUCAUUCAUACCUCUCCCAUGUGUAACCUAUGUUCACCUUCCG